AUGUCUGCGAGCGCAUACGACCGACACAUUACCAUCUUUGCCGACAAUGGUCGCCUGUACCAAGUCGAGUAUGCCUUCAAGGCCAUCACAGCGGCAAACAUCAUGUCGGUAGGCGUGAGGGGAAAGGACUGCGCUGUCGUCCUAUCCCAGAAGAAGGUUCCGGACAAGCUCAUCGACCCGGCGUCCGUCUCGCACAUCUUCCAGAUCUCCCCCUCGGUCGGCUGCGUCAUCACAGGCUCCAUUGCCGAUGCUAGGGCGUUCGCGCAACGAGCCCAGGGCGAGGCCGCCGAGUUCCGGUACAAGUUUGGCUAUGAGAUGCCCGCCGACGUCCUGGCCAAGCGCCUGGCCAACAUCAGCCAAGUCUACACGCAGCGGGCGUACAUGCGGCCAUACGGCGUGGCUACGACCAUCAUCGCCCUCGACUCCGAGUUCGGCCCGCAGCUGUUCAAGUGCGACCCCGCCGGCUACUACAUUGGCUACAAGGGCACCGCGGCCGGCCCCAAGCAGCAGGAGGCUCUGAAUCAUCUCGAGAAGAAGCUGCGCAACAAGGACCACGCCGAGGGUAGCUGGGAGGAGGUUGUGGAGCUGGCGAUUACGACCUUGAGCACGGUCCUGAGCAUGGACUUCAAGAAGGGGGAGAUUGAGAUUGGCAUCGUUGGCGGCCCGCGCAAGGACGGGAAGGAGGGAACGGACCCGUCGUUCCGCAUGCUCACCGAGGACGAGAUUGACGACAGAUUACAAGCCAUCGCCGAGAAGGACUAA